AUGAAGAAAAGGUCUGUGCUGAAAUGCAUACAUAUUUUAUUUUUCCUACUAUUAUACUAUUUUAUUGAAAUUAAUUGUAAAAGUUAUAAUUUAUUUUCAACUAAAAGUAUUACUCCAUUUAUUGAGAGAAGAGUUAAUAGAACUGCAUUAAAAAAGGCCAAACUGAAUUAUGGAAGUAACGAAGAAUUGCUUGUUUGUUUGAGCAAUAAAAAAAGAAAAAAUGAAAAAAAGAAUAAAAAAAUUGCAGUGCAAUAUUUUAUAAAAGAGUGUAGCAAUUACAACUUUAGGAAGUUAAGACGGAAAAUUAAAAAAUUCCUCAUACAUAUAAACAUUUAUGGAAAAGAUUACAAUGAUAAAUUUAACUUUAUUAGCAAAGAUGAAAAGGGUAACAGUGCUUAUGACUCAGAUAAGAACAAAAAUUUUAUAGGUAAAAAUGAAAAAAUGAAUGCUGAUAAUAUGAAAGGGAAAAUAAAGAAAGAAGAUGAAGUGACAUAUAAAUAUGUAGAGGAGAUGGAACUAAAAAAAAUUAACAUUAGAGGAGUUGAUAUCGAAUAUCGAAUUUAUAAUUUAGAGGAAGGUAUAUACAUAGUAGAUAAUAAUAAUUAUGAGAAAAUAAAAAAGUUAUGGAAUAAAGAUGAAUUAAAAAAAGCAAAGGAAAAUUUCCAAGAACGUUUUGAUAUUAAGAAACAAGGUAUUAAAGAGGAUGAUUGGAUAAUGUUACCCUUCGAUUAUGAAGAAAAUAAAAAUAUAAAAUUAGUUAAAGCUGAUUUUGAUAAUCCUUUGUAUGAUUAUAUACUAACAUAUUAUGAUAAGGAAAGAAAUUAUUAUUUUGAAUAUAAGAGAAGGAAUUAUUAUAAAAUGUUACGAAACACAAUUCAUGAAACUCCUCCAUAUAAGUCCGAAUUGGAAGAAGACAAAAGAUUUUAUGGUAAAGAAAUUAUUAUUCCAAAGAAGAAAUUAGACAAUGAAAUAUUUAGACAACCUAUGUUAAGUGAUGUUCUGACAGGUGGAUAUAGUAAAGAACCUAUAGGGUUAGAAUCCUGGCGAUAUGUACAAUAUCCAUAUGGCAAUUUAAUUGAACAUCAAAAAUAUUGUCAGCCAUAUUGUGUAAAAAAAAAUGGGAAGGACAAGCCAGAUAUGAGAUACCACUACUUAGGAAAUAGCAAUUUGGCUGUUUCCGAAAUUUGCUUAGGUACAAUGAAUUUCGGAAAUUAUGUAAAUGAAAAGUUAGCACACGAACUCUUUGACUAUGCAUAUGAAGAAUUUCAAGUAAAUUUUUUUGAUACAGCAGAAAUAUAUCCCUUACCUGUUAGUGAAAAUUAUUUUGGGUUGUCUGAACAAAUUUUAGGCAACUGGGUUAACUCAAAAGGUAAGGCAAACAGACACAAAAUUGUUAUUGCUACAAAGAUAUGUGGUAGGACGGACAAAAUUCCAUGGGCCAAAAAAUACAAGCGGAAAAAGAGGGACGAACAGAAGAAGCAGGAAGAGGGAGAAGCAGCAGAAGGUGAAGAAGAAGGACGUCCAUCUCUUUUGUCCAGAAACAGGAAAUUUAUGGAGGAUACCAACAGUAGUGACGUACCCAGUAACCCCUUUGACAAAUUAAACACAUUAAAAAAAAAAGAAGAAUUAUAUUUAAAAAAAGAUUAUGAAACGUUAGAACAAAUAGAGGAGUCCGAAAAGCGUUCAAAAGAGAAGGAGGAUAAUUUUAUAACGUUGAGCAAGGAUAGUAUUAUAGCAAGUGUUGAUAACUGUUUGAAAAGGUUAAAAACAAAUUAUAUAGACUUAAUACAAUUACAUUGGCCUGAUAGAUAUUAUCCGAAUCAUUCUUCAGGUGAUUUUAGUGAUGUUUUAUAUGAUUACAAUAAAUAUUAUGAUAACUUUGUGCCCUUUAUUGAACAGUUACAUGCAAUAGAUGAGCUAAAAAGGAAAGGGAAAAUAAGAGAAUGGGGAUUAAGCAAUGAAACCCCUUUUGGUUUAUUGAAAUUUUAUGAAUUAUGUAAACAAUUACAUAUAUCCCUACCAGUAUCUGUACAACUAGAAUAUAAUUUGUUAUGUCGUAAUGAUGUAGAAAAAGGUUUUCCAGAAAUAUGUAGACCACAAAAUACGAACAUUUCCAUUUUAGCAUAUUCACCCCUAUGUGCUGGUAUAUUAACAGGUAAAUAUUUAGAGUACACAGAUUAUACAACUAAAGGAAGAAUGCAAAAGUUCCCAUCAUAUAUGAAAAGGUUAAGAGGCUCCAUAGCUACUUAUAUUAUACGGGAAUUAUAUUAUUUGAGUCAAAAAUAUUAUUUCCCUAAUUUAACAGUCGCUGCGUUGAAGUGGGUAUAUACAAGGUCCUUUGUCACAUCUACUGUUAUAGGUGUUUCCGACUUUUUACAAUUACGCGAAAAUUUAUAUUCCUUAACAGACCAGGUGUUAUUUACCGAUAAACUGGAGCGUGAAAUAAAUGCCUUGCACUGGAAAUUUAGGGACCCAAUUAGGAUUAUACAAUGA